CCGACCAGACCUGUUGCUCAACCAAAAAGGAAACCAGCUCAGAACAAGGCAGAUCCCAAACAAGUGCUGUUUCAACAGCAGUGUCUUCAGCAAUCAAGCAAGACCAUCACUCACGCAGAUGCAUGGUCGCAAUUCAAGCAACGCUUCCCAGAUCUUCAGUCGAAGCCUUACACUGUCCCUGUCAAUGGUGGUGCUGCUGCCAAGAGUGGUGCUGCUGCUGUCAAGAGUCGUGGUGUGGUGCCGCUGCUGCUGCUGCCAAGAGUGGUGGCGGUGUGCCUCUCUUCCUUGCCACAGGGCAAACUGCGAACUGAUGCAUUCUUUGAUUCAAGAGAGUUGGAGACACCAAAGUCAAGUUUUGGCACGUACAGCCCUCCUGGCUAUCAGCAGAUGGUAACUCCUCUUGGAACACCACCUAGCACCCAGAAGCCUUUUCUUCAAGUGACAACUGUCACAGACACUGGUUCACCUUUGUUUGCAGUCAAUCCAACGAGUGCACAGAAAGAGAUUGAACUGAACCGAAAAGAAGGUUUCAAGCCAAGUGUUGAAGUGCAGCAUAAUGCUCGCGUCGAGUCUAGAAAGAAGAUGUCUUCUUUGAAGAGAGCUGCUGGUAUUGAGAAGCGCCGCAAGAAGGCAGAGCUUGCAGCGCGAAUGGAAGCUGUGAUGCACCAACAGGCAAAAGAGGAUGAUAUGGAAGUCCCAGCAGCCGUGAGUGAUGGCUCUGAUGGAGCUACAUUCAACAAGAUUAGUAAGUUUGAAGCCGAAAUGAAGCACGAUUACCAGGUGAGCGUCAAUGCAAUCGACUGUGGCAUUUACAACUAG